AUUUCCCAUAAUCCAUCUUUUGUGCCGGAAGUGGCGUUGAAUACAGUGGCUCCUGGAUUUAAACUGAAAUGGGCACUGAUCCCAUGAAUAUGGGAUUUUAGACAAAUAAUAACUGCUUUAAAGACCAUUUUUAUGACAGGACAUGCGUUCCUGAGGGUUUUCUGAGAUUACCGGUCGCUCAGUGUUUCGCGCGCGCGUGUGUUUUGAAGCGUCGUUUGAUUUCAGUCGUUUGUUUACUAAAGCUAAAACAGCUCUGCAGUAACGUUAUAUCAGGUGUCGCUACGCGAUCCGUUUACCUGUCGCUGUAACCUCACCUGUCAUCAUUCCCUCUGGCUUUAUGUGUCUUCAUACCGCAGGCAGCUUUUAGCCUCAUAAUUUAAUUAAGUUGAUUAUCAGUCGCUCGGGAUGAACUGGGAUCAACAGUUGAGCUCCAUCAUCUCCGAGGCUGAUGGAAGUGUCGCAAAAAUGAGGGAACGCUUGACUGCACAUAGAAGAUCUCCCAGAGGAACAGAAGAUGUGUUUCCGGUCAGAGAGGUCACAGCCGGUGUUGAUUUGAAGCCGACUAUGGUUCAGUGGUCAGAUCUGACUGCCAUCCAAACACAAUUACAGCAACAGAGUCAGGCCAUUGAGACUUUAACACAGAGUCUUCGAUUGCUGGAAAGAGAACGGAACGAUCAGCAAAGACAAAUACAGACAUUACAAGAGGAGCAGAAGAGACUUCAGGAUAAACUGGAGGAGAGACAGCGGGAUGUGGAGCGGAGAUCGCUAAGUCCUGGACCGGACAGACGAAUCGAGCAGUGGAAGAGAGAGGUGGAUCGAGAGCUGAGCAAUCUGAGAGGUCAGAUCAACCGAGCCACAACUCUAGGAAACCAGGAAGAAAGUUUCAGCUCUAAACUGCGCAGAGAAGAACUGGAGCAGCUCAGGAGAGAGGUGGACAUUCUCAAAAACAAACUCAUGCGGCAGGAGGAAGAUACGUUCCAGCUCCAGUCCGAGGCCAGAGAGACAAGGAGACAGUAUGAACGCAGCUCUAAAACGCUAGAGAGUUUUACUGACUCGUACCGAACGCAGAGUUUUGAUCUCGCUCGGAUGGUGUCACAGUACCAGCACACUCAACAGGAAGUGCGUGACCUCAGAGUCACCGUCUCUGAGCUGAAGGACGAGGUGCGAGGUCUCGUCCUGAGAGAAACCCUCCCCACACCUGCACAGGUACCACAGACACCAGCAGUGGUGACCGUGAAAACGAGGCCCCAGAGACGUGUGUCGUCAGGGUCGGAGGAUGAUUUCAGUCCCACCCCCAGUCUGGCCGAGAUCAGCUCCGAUGAGUUGGAUGCGUCGUGGCUGGAAGAACCAGAGCCACAAACAAAGCAGAGGCGCCGACGUGUUCGUCUAAAUUCAGACCUGACAGGAAGUGACCUCAGCGAUGCUGGAAGUGGGCUUGACGCUGAAGAUGUGGACAGAGUUUCAGACAGUUCUCCAGAUCUCAGUCUCAGCGACCUCUGACCUUAAAGGCCAAUAAACCAACACGCUGCUAUUAGAGGAAAACGAAACCUUGUUCAUUUGUUGACUAGGUAGGUAGACUAGUGCAACAGACAGUUUACUUGUGUCAUGAAGGCCUGCCCAGUUUUUGAACUAUUUUAUGAGACAGACAGAUAGUAUUGUAUUGACGUACUCCAGUAUUUCUGAGGUAUUAGUUAACGAUAUCAGUUACAAAAUGGCUUACAAUAUAAUGCAGAAAAUACAUUUUGAAUCUGAAUAUGCAACACAAUACCCAGACAGUCAAAACAGGGUCUAACUAGGGCUUGUGUUCAUGUUUUGAACAUAUUUGCAGUCAGUAUUUGCAGCAUGUUUACUAAAAUUCUUAUAUUUUUAACAUGCGUUGAUUAAUCGCUCACAGUAAGACCAGAAACAUUUAUUUACAAACUAAAUAGUCCAAUUUGAUUUCACAUUGACUUUGAAAAGAUGUACCUUUUUACCAAACACUUGAAAUCUUAUGCAUAACUUGCAUGUAAAGUGUUUUGAGCCAAAUGUCAAAAAGUGACAAUUUAGUGUAUUUUAAAGAUUUUAUUAAUUAAAAAAGAACAAUGUGUAAUAAGAAACGCUUUAAAUCCACUCUCACAGGUUAUUACACAAGUAAACAUCACACAUCCGUCAGCCAACAAACCACAAGAAUGACAACACUGUAUUAUUGACUGUUUUAUCAAUCAAUAAAAAAAACAACAACAGUUGAGUCUA